GGUACGGUUCCAGGGGAAGAACUCCAGCUUCCAGCCUUGACUGUCGCGGACAGUGUUGUGGCGUUGUGUCGGGAGCGGAGGAUGGAGGGAUGGAGAGAUGGAGGAGGUUGGGAGGGCAAGUGCGCGGCGCGCGAGUUGCGAAAGCGAGGCUGCGGGAGGCGCGAAUACUUCCGUCGCUCACCCACCGCCGUUGUUAGCGCCGUGCGGCGGUUGACAUAACACACGGCACGGUUCGACUCAGCGUUAACUUGCUUUUCUUGCGCCACCCGCUACUGUUUUUAGCAGAUGUACUGCCCGGGUACCCACCCGCCCAUCCACCGUCCCUCCAUCUCUCAUUCUUUCUCCUUCAGUGCCGUCGCUUGUUCCUUCGGUGCGUCUCUCUGAGAAAGAAACUCAAGACAAAACUUCAGAAAUUUUUUUGUCUUCGGAGGAGCAAAGUUUCUGAGGCCAGGCUGGGCGAGGUGAGCUCAUCGUUAUUGAGAUUGUGAAGUUUCUGUGACUGGGUUUGCUCAUCUUUCUGGACAGUUUCACCACUGGGAGGUCUGUGUUCACCCUCCCACGAUUUGAGGAAGGUGGUGUUAGAAACUAUCGCUAAAGAAAGAUUUUUUUAAAACAAGAAAAAUAGAUGAAAAGUGAGGAAAUAAGGUGCUUGUCAACUUUCCAGUAUGUUUUCAUUCCUUUGGACAUAUUAAUACAUACGACUGGAUUGGCUUUACGUGUGCUUUCGUCUCGUAACAGCUCCGGAGGGGGGCACGUUUGCAAGAAAUGACAAAGAAACCAGUGCGACCAGCUUCCACGACUAGCAAGAUGGAUUGGAUUCUGCGGAAAUGGAGUAAGGUGAACAAUGUCAAGCUUUGGACUGUAAGCUUCGUGAUUUUCAUCUGCCAUCAAACGAGAGCUUUCAACCUGGACGAGGUGGAGCUAAAUUCCAACAUGCCUCGAUUUCUACCGACACCCACAUUUUACACAGCUCAGGUUGGCCAGACCGCAAUAUUGGAAUGUGCCAUCACUGAUCUCGACGAAAAAAAGGUCAUCUGGAGAAAAGCCUCAGACCCCAAUCCCCUGACAGUGGGGAAGGAGACGUUUUGGGAGGAUCAUCCGCUUCAUGCUGGAGCACGACCCCGGUUCCCAGCACUGGAACCUCCUCAUCAAGCGCGUGCGUCUGCAGGAUGCCGGCGUGUACGAGUGUCAGGUCAGCUCCAAGCUCAGACAUCUUCGACACCACGUGCUGCUGGAGGUCCAUGAUACACGGGAACCGAUAUCCACGCCAACUCCAAGACCCUCUAUUCAAAUCUCUGGGUCCGCUGCUGUGGACAAAGAUGACCGCAUCUACCUCAUUUGUAACGCCACCGGCCUGGAGUAUCCUCCGGAGGAUUUGGACUGGUUCUUUGAAGGAAUCAAACUGGCGACCAAUGCAGAUGAAAAGACAUUUAUCCAGAAGUUUGUGUCGUUGACUGACAAAACGAUUGUAAGCAUCCUGGAGAUACGGGACGCCCAGCUCGACCACAGCGGAAUCUACACGUGUAGAACCUCCAACCUGUUGGUCAAGAGCACACAGGUCACUGUCCUCAGUGCCGAUACCUACAAUGUCAAGAGAGGAACCGACAAAGGAAGCAAGGGGACUCCAUCUGCUCGUCUUCGUCUUUCAAGUUAUGCCAGCCACAGACUACACUGCCUCACAGUUGUGUCCCUUUUGCUCAUUGUCCGUCUCUCAUUGAUGUUGACAUUGUCCACCUGGAGCCUGUAUGGCUGACAUUUGUUUCCCCAAUCUUAUCCCCGGACAUGCCCUGUUUGGGUGAAAAGCUCACUACAAUGAAUACACAAGUGCCACAGGUAUUUUGACAGACCCAGUGGUAACCUGAUCACCUGUCACAACACCUGAGCUCAGUGAGGUCUCUGGUAGCUGCUGACUCACUUUCACAUCACAAACAUGAUGAAGCUGUGACAUGUUCCUAAGAUCGAAGUAAAUAGAUUGUCGUCUGUGUGUGAACAGCAGAAGAAAAACUUGCUGAGAACAUUCCAGUCAGGAGUGAGUGGUGGUGACUGGGGGUGGGGAUGAGAGAUAAAGAUGACCUGGCAACCACCCGCCAUCAGCUUCGCCACAAACACAUCGGAUACAUUGAUGGAGGGACAGGGGAAAGAGGGAGGGGAAGUAAGCUAAAUACUACAAACUGUCUAUCAGGUGGUGUUUUCUCUAUAUGUAUCAAAAUACCUUGCCGUUUAUUACUCCUCCAUUACUAUCUCAUAGUUCUACCUCUGUCCUGCGGUCCAGUUAUGUUUGUUUCUGGCCUUUGUACAGCGCUGUGGAACUAGUUUUUCUCGUGAACUGUCCCUGAUUCAGAGAACUGCUUGCAGUUAGAAACAUGAAACUUAAAAACCGAGACUUGUGUGGGAUUUACAAAGAAUUGUGUGAAUUCAUAUCGGAGUGUCAGAAACCGGGGACACCUGGAGACAGCUCCAUGAUCAUGUUUGAUUUGCCCUUUGGAGAGGAGGAAACAAAGACAUUAUUACCGGCUUCUCCUGGAUAGAAAUGAAACUUCCAGUGUGAACUGUAAUGCCUUGCUUUUGGGUUUGUGUCCAAGAAAUAAAUCAGAGAAUUCCCAGUUAUUGUAAUAAGUACAGUAUGAGUUUGAAAAUGCCUUUUGCGGCGAAAAAGAUUUUUUUGAAAUUUCUGACAUGAAGGAGAAAGACUAACAAAAGUAGAGAGGCAAGGAGAAAGAACAAAUACCUGGCAAAACAGAAUAGUCUUCUUCUGAGAAGUAUUGAUUUAACUCCUCAAGUUCGAUUAAUUCCUAAAUUAUUUCAUGCUAGACAUGAUGUGCAGUGAAAAUAAAAACAACUUUUAUUGUUUGUGAAUACAAGAGGAUUAGAACUCAUUUCUGAAAAGGAGUAAUUUAUAACAUUUGUGAAAAUAUGCGACUGUAGCGACAAGAAGUUAUUGAUAAUGUGAUUGAUAAUUGAUGACUUAAGAAGGGAUGCAUAGUUAUCCUUCUUUUGUAACAGUUUCCCACGUGAUGUAAGUUAUCGCCCAAAAUGCGAACAAUGAUGAUGCCACUCCAAUAAGAACUGUAUUCUUGUUUCUACAUCGAGUGCGUUCGUCCCACCCUGGAUGACAUGUGACACACCCCAGUUCAUCGCUCAGAUCAUAGAAGAAAAAUAAAAAUACAUUUGAACAUAAGUUAUUUGAAAUGCAUUUAUGUAUCAUGAUCUUUUUUCGUUUUCUUCUAUCGUUUACUCAAUUAUUAUUUUUUUUUGGUGGGGGUAAUCUUAGGACCGAUUACUUUGUUGAUGUAAAGUUUUCUAAAGGUAAUGAGAAUUAGCCAUACAUAGCUGAUUUUAUUUGGUUCUGUCAUUAUUUCUGUGUGAAUUGUCAGAAAUCGUGAAUGUCAAGUUUUACAAACAGCUUAUUUCUUUGUAGUUCCAUCAUCAAAUGUAAUUUUAACUGUUCUCUUGCCUGAUGCAAGACAAAGCUCGUAAAUGGCAUUGAAAACAAUCGUGUAAACAUCCCACACAGGUAACAUGCUCUGCUAAACUGUUUUAUCUGUGAUUAGUAAACAAAGCUUCUGUACCUACUUAGCCAUGGCUUCUAUACUCUGUUACAUCAGCGAACUUUGCACCUUCAUCUACUGGAAUAUUUGCACGAUAGCUGUGUUCCGUGCCUUUUCUGUUAAACAAUUUAUUGCAAUUAUUGUUAGGACUGGGACAUAUCUUCUUCAUAUCUUCAUCAUAUCUUCUUUAAUCACCUUUACAACAAUCUCGUCAUCCGUCCUUCAGCACUUCUGCCAUUUGUCUGCUCCGUUACUUUUAUCCAUGGCUCUGUGAGUGUCGUCUCCUGCGAUUGGCCUGUCCGCGUGUGGGUGUGUGUGUGUGUGUGUUGUCUAUGCAUGCAUAUGUCUGUGUGUGCAUUUGUAAUAUGAGUGAAUGUGUGUUUAUUUGGAGACGACUAGGAUUACCUGUUUCUACAUCCAUGUUUUACUACAGCUUCUGCACAUACCUGUGUGUUCCACUAUUCAGUUUUCAGUCUGGUCAUCAGCCACUAUACGUCCAAGUCAGAGAUUCCUUCUAAUUAGCAGGUCAUUUCUAGGACAACGACCCCAAGGAUAAUUACUUUUAGAGAGAGUCCCCCACCACCAUCUACAACAAUCACCUUCGUAUUUCAUUUAAUUUUCCAUUUAAAAACCAAUGUCGCUAUUUAUUGUCAUGAUAUCCUCUUGUCUCAUUUCGAACAAACUGCAUCCGAAUGGUGCGAUUUUCUAUAUAUAAUUACCGCACCUCCAGCUUUGUGUAAUUACGUGAUUAACUACGUGAUUGUGUAUUUCAAUAAACUGUUGUCAUCCUUGUCACAACACGUUGAUUUUUCUCCGUCCUACGAGCACACUGCAAUCAUGUAGUCUUCGCUGCUUUUUUCGUGAGUUUCCUUAAGUUUAAUGUCUCCCCAUCACUCAAUCAGCAUUUGAGACAAAUCAGCAGCAGUUUAACAAAGGGUUCAACGUGCAAGUUUUACUGCCUCCCUUCUUUCGUGAGACAAUCGAGAGAGGAAGCCAUGUAGAUGUCCCACUCGCUGGAAGCCUCAAACAGGACCUUGUUCUGGCCAAGACCAAUAGCUUGAUCCCCGGUUCCACAAUGUCGGUGCAAUUGUGAACUGUGCAAUUGUGGAAGAAUAAUUUCUCUGGGGGUGCGACAGUGGCUGUCUGACUAUUUCUGUUUAGCAUUUAACAGGGUACUUCGACUGGCGAUGUAUACGAACCAGGGAUAGUAGGACCGAAGGCGUUUACAUGUCCAGACCAUGUUUUCGAGAAGGAUUCCCACGAUUAUUUAAUCCAUGUAGCAAGACUCUCAUCCUGGCAGCACAAGAAUGGUGUAGGAUGUCUGUAAAGGGCAAUGCCAGAACUAAGCUAGUCUUCCACAAAGACAAUAGUCUGUCGUUCGACCAUGUAUGUGCAUCGCGAACCCUGGUGACAUUUUGUCAUUACUGUUCUCAGCUUGACGAUCUUUAAAUCUCGAUUUCAGAUGAAAGGAAUACGGCUCCAGUUCUUAAGCAAGAGAUCAACCCUUUGUAAUCCAUUUUUUUUUUUCAGCGAUUUUUUCGUUUGAUUCUCAAUAUGAUGUUAAAUUAUUUUGCCACGUACAUAGUACAUGACUGAGUCUGUUGUACUUAGUAUGUGAAGUAUACAAGCAUGAAAGACAACUAUUAAUAAAAUUGGUUUUAUCAUUAUACGGUUUUUAUCUUUAUCUUUCUUACUGAUAUAUUUAAUGAAUAAUUGUACGUGUUAUCAAUUCCCUUAUUGAUUGUCCAUUCUAGUCCGAUUGUGGUUUAUUUUGAUUAAUUAUGAUUUAUAAUAUCAUCAUCGCUAUUUUUGCCUUUUCUAAGAGCAAGAGGCGAUGGGUUGAGUUCUUGUUCUUAGUUACUUACUAAAACACACUAGAAACUGAAUUUUCAUAAUUGCUCUUAGUACCACGCUUAGCAUUAACUGAAACAGAAUCGUGAUUGUUGAUGACAGGACCGUCACUCCAAUCAAUCGAUCAAUAAAUCAAUCAAUCAAUCAAAGAAAAAUGUAGAUUGAAAUUCUCAACAGAAGAAAAAUUUUUUUCUGUUGCUUUUUUUUCAGUGCGGAGGAGUUUCCUUACUUCUCCAUUUCCAGCUGCAUUCCUCUCCCGUAUAGUUAUCUCUUCUUUCCAUUGUGGACGUAGUACAACCCACACAAAGGAACAAUUCAUUGGAGAGAGAUUUAGCCUCAGAAGCUUAAAAGGACAGGUUGUUAAAGUAAGUUCAAGUGAACAUUGCAAGGUUUUCUCGUCCUGAGCAGAAUGAAGCUCGUUCGUAAGAGAAGCAGUCAGGGAUGGAAGUGUCUGGAACACGACUGUAGGGAUCGUCUCGACAGUCGAACUUCCCUAAUAAAUGUUGAAGGAUCUCGCCAUUGGCCAAACGUCAGAAUUGUUCUUUUCUCCGAUAAAUGAAGUCGGACGUAGUUUCCAUUUUCCCCAUCUGUUGUCUGGAGCAGGCAAAAUGACUUGGCAUGCAUCUGGAAUAAGCUGACAAAAUAUUCCACCAGCUUCCUUCACAAUGCUGUUCCUCGUCUCAGCUUGAGAAGAUGUGCACGAAAAAUAUAUAGAAAUAUUUUGAAAGAUUCGUGAUGAAUCUUACUGAGUAUUUUUUACGACAAAAACACAAGUUCCUGAGAGGCUGAGACUCCAUUUAUCUCAUUCCAGUGUAUUUUUUCCUGUAAUGGACAUUACCUAUCAAGUCGUAAAAAUGUUUUGAUUAAAAAGAAACAGGAGGAAGAAAAUAUUUUUUUGUUCAUUUAUUUGAAAUUUCUGUUAUUUGCUUUCUGAAAACAAGUUUGGAAUGGAGCUCAGGCGUCACUCGUACAGUUGUGAUCACAAUGUUUUCAAGAUUUUCAAUUUUUCAAGUUAGUUAUUAAAUCCACUUCUGUAAUAUUUCUGUAACAGUACCACCCUUCUGGCAUCUUUUUACAUCUUUAUCGCAUUUCUUUCCUGUGUUCCUGUAGCCAUUUCCUAUAUUUUUUCUGAUAAAUUCUGCGUAUCUGUAUUUCUGUGGUAGGUUUAGACAGUAUCGAACUUCUUCAUGAUUUUCGUGCAGAAAACUUUUUCUUCUUAUCCUUCUUCCCGUCUGCAGUAUCGUGAGACUGAUGACUGUUGGAGACGGUGAACACGUGAUGAGUGAGCAAACAGGUCAACUAAGCAAAGUUCGUCGAUUCAUAUGAGGCCUUACAUAUACACACAUCUGAUCACCCUGGUCCUUGUGUUACUUCUCUGGCAUAGUUUUAUUGUCUUUCUUUCCUUUUCUCAUGAUCUAGUUAAGCUGUACUCCCUCUUGGCAUCUUUGUGAACUAUUUUUAGAAGCUUUCCAGUUUUAGGGGAUGCAGGUUAGUUAUCCGAGUGUAAAACCACCCAAGAUGCAUAAAAUUUGCAUGUUGCUUUGUUGUAUUAAAAUCGUUCACCAUGCACCGGAAAGUGUUGCCGGUUGAUUCAUUGUAAAAUAACCUUGUAAAACGUUGUUGAUAUACUGUGUGUCUUUAUUGUUUCUUUGUUUACAAUAUGAUAAUAGGUCUGUUGUUACACGUGAGGUAUGCUUACUAUUUGGCAAUCAGUGUAUGUGUGCGGAUGGUCAGAAUGCAGAAUUCGUCGGUUUAAAUAUUAAACCGAAAUGUAUUUAUACUUGUGAACAUAAUAAACAUAAAUCGUCAACCAUCAAACCCGAGUCAUGCAUGAAGUUUAGCUCAAGAGUUAGACACGAUGACCAAUCAUAGGUCUGUGUCUUUAAUCAAUGUCUUUAGUUUCCCCCAAAAUUGUUGUUUAUGGUUUUUUAAAGACAUGUAGAUUGACUUAAUUACCAUUUACUGUGUUCUAUGAAAGCCACUGCCAGUGAGAAAGAAAGUUCUAAUGUCCAGUCAACAGCCUACAUUUCGUAAGGACGGGAAACAAUUUUUUUUUUCCAAAACCAGAGAAUUGUGAUGUUUCGAUGUAAGAACCUCUUGAUGGACCGCUAAAAUUUGCAUCUGAUACUGAUUGAAACUCACUCUAAACACAAAUACUUGGGUUUAUCUUGAAAGGAAUAGUCUCACUCACUCACUCUGUCACUCAGGCAGUCAUGCUAGUGCAUCAUUUAUGAACGUUCGAGUAUUUUUUUCCAUAAAUACACAUGUUCAUUAUUUUCAGUCUCGAGAAGGCACACAAGAAAUAUUAUUUGCCUCGCAUCUCAGCCUACAAACAUGAUUUUCCCAUCAACAGACUGUAAAGCUGGUGUAUUGCUAAACGACCCCCACAUUCAAUAACGACUUAUUAAUAUUUUCCUUCUGAGGCCUACUUAAGAAAAAAACUAAUCAGAGCUCGUUCCAUCAUCAUUCGCGCACAUGUGAGAGGAAAAAUCAAUCGAUCAUCACAAAAGAUCGGAAUGUCAUAAUUCAAUGUUUCUAUUCGCCUGUAAAGAACUUGCCAUAAACGCUAGCUUUAUGAUUUGUGUGUGAAUGUCUGGACACUGUGAAAAUAAACGGCUUUUAUUUUA